CACUAGUGUCCUGCAAAUUGCAUAUCCCUCAGAUCCAACGCUCAGUAUCAAAUUGAAUCAUUUAAUCCAACGGUCAAAACAACCACCGCGUUUUCGAAGAAUCCUCCAUCAUCAUCAUCAUCUUCUUAUAUACCCUUUCUCCUUGCCGCGCCUCUUCCUUUCUUUCUCUCUCUUCCUCCUCCAGAUUCAGCUUUCUCUCUCUAGAAAACCCCAACUUCGAUUCCGUUAUUCGAAUCUACGGUGUUCAUUUAUUGAACAGAGAGAGAAAAGGGUGAAUUUAAUUAAAGAUGCAACAAUCCAACGGCUCUGAUUCGUCGACGGAACCGAACAACAAGCAGCGGUCAGCGGCGGUGGCGGUGCCGCAGCAGUGGGUGCCGAUGCAGUAUCCGGCUAUGGUAAUGCCGCACCACAUGUUACCGCCGCCGCCUCAACAUUACCCCCCGCCGCCGCCGCCUUACGUGCCUUACCAUCACCACCACCACCAGUUCGCGCCGCCACAUCAGCAGCAUCACCAUGGAUCCAACAAUAACAUCGAGAACAAAACCGUUUGGGUUGGAGAUUUGCAUCACUGGAUGGACGAAAAUUAUCUCCACCGCUGUUUCGCUUCCACCGGCGAGAUUUCCUCCAUCAAAGUUAUUCGCAAUAAGCAGACUGGUUUAUCAGAGGGUUAUGGAUUUGUGGAGUUCUAUUCACACGCCACAGCUGAGAAAGUUUUACAGAAUUAUGCUGGAGUCUUGAUGCCCAAUACAGACCAACCUUUCCGUCUGAACUGGGCAACAUUUAGCACUGGGGAGAAGACUUCAGAUAAUGUUUCUGAUCUUUCAAUUUUCGUAGGAGAUUUAGCUGCAGAUGUUACGGAUAGUUUGUUACAUGAAACAUUUGCUAGUGUAUACCCUUCAGUCAAAGCCGCAAAAGUUGUUUUUGAUGCCAAUACUGGCCGUUCGAAAGGCUAUGGUUUCGUCAGGUUUGGCGAUGAUAAUGAGAGAUCCCAGGCUAUGACUCAAAUGAAUGGUGUUUACUGUUCUAGCAGACCCAUGCGUAUUGGUGCUGCAACUCCAAGGAAAUCAUCUGGUCAUCAACAAGGAGGCCAGUCAAAUGGCACGUCCAGCCAACCUGAAUCAGAUUCCACAAAUACAACUAUAUUUGUUGGAGGACUCGACCCUAAUGUUACAGAAGAAGAUCUUAGGCAGCCAUUCUCCCAGUACGGUGAGAUAGUCUCUGUUAAGAUACCUGUGGGGAAAGGGUGUGGUUUUGUCCAGUUUGCAAACAGAAAUAAUGCUGAAGAGGCGUUGCAGAAGCUAAAUGGGACAACAAUUGGAAAGCAAACAGUUCGUCUUUCUUGGGGCCGCAAUCCAGCAAAUAAGCAGCAGAUUAGAAUGGAUUUCGGCAGUCCCUGGGGAGGGGCAUAUUAUGGGGCACCAGUUUAUGAUGGCUAUGGAUAUGCUUUGCCGCCACCUCAUGAUCCAAGAAUAUAUGCUGCUGCUUAUGGAGCGUACCCCAUUUACGGAGGCCACCAACAGCAAGUAAGCUGAUUGAAGUGCACGUCAGGAGUAGUUCUCACAACAGGUCACAACAGCAUCACGCUUGAAUGAGAAAAUUAACUUCUCUUCCAUGUAACUUGCUUGAUCUGUUGAUUUCUUAAGAAUCCCUCCUAAUUGUGGAGUGGAGUUGAAUUUUGAUAAGCUGAGCUAGCACGGUAGGGUUUCAAUUAAUAAUUUGUUUAGACUUGUAGGAGUGAUGAUGACUAAUGAGGAAUUUGAACUUAAUUAUCAGAAUAAUUAUGUGUGAUUGUGUGCUUGCUUGCA